AUGAAUUUGAGGUAUUGAAGUGUUGAACGAGGGCUUUAUCAUUACUCGCCUGGGAGGUCUCCAAAAAACGCUCAUUCUUCUCCCCUCGAAGCUUCACCAAGCAAGAAUCUUUCCAAGGCUGGAGAGCAUUUGUUUAAUGAGCCUUCAGAAGUAGAGCAUGAGUAUGGCACUUCUGAAGAUGAAGAGUUUAUCGACAUCGAGUAUAGUGAGCGAUACAGAUCAUCAGAGUCCAUGGUCGUAUCUGCUUCCGGAGGUAACCGCAUCAAUACUAUCAAAGAAAUGAAAACACACAGAAAUGCUCAGCCUGAAAAGGUCACUUUUGAACAACCCAAGUUAGCAUUCCAGAAUAAUGAUUCAAGCGUGAUACUUACUCCUCGAGAAACUAUUCCUCCACUUUCUAAGAAGAAGAAAAAGAGUGGGAAAAAUACCCAAAAUGAGUACAGAAGGAAGCCUAGAGUUGAGCAUGAAAAAGAGCAGAUCCUUAAUGUUCAGACAAAGCACGAGAAUGAAACCAGUCCUUUUAAGAAGAGUCAUAAUGUUAAAAAUAGUCAAGACCAAAUCGUGUUAACUCAGAGUGACCAGGUGCCAAAGCAAAAAUUUCAUAAAGGAGAAUACUCAAAUCUUGAUAGAGAUCGGGCUGAGCAAAGCUGGGGAAAGCCUCCUCAGUUUAAACAAAAGGAGAUGGGAGAUUUACAGUCUCAAGAUGAAGAAUAUUUGGGAGAGGAUAAUAUGCAGGAAAAGAAUAAUAAAUUGAUCAAGUCGAAAAAAAUAGGAGAGAACUUUGGAAAUAUGACCAAUCCUGGCAUGAAUGAAAAAGAUAGUUUGAAUGAUCAAGCAAAUCAGCAAACAUCCCACUUCAACACAAACCCAACUCCCAAGCCUGCCUCCAUGCAAGAUAUCCACAACGACCAUGUCCUCAUCUCUCAGCUCACCGAGGCCCAACAGAGAAUACAAGAACAAGACUCUCUGAUAGUGACUCUGCGAUCAGACAUCAAGCAGCUCCAAGACCUGCUUGCUCAGAAAGACAACCAGUUCAAGUCGCUGCAUACUCAGAAAGUGGCAGAGGCGACUGAAAUGAACAAGUUCUACCAGGACAGACUCAAGGCCGAACGUAUGGCUGGUGCAAGUGAGACUCCUCGCAUUCAGACUGAAAACCAGAUGAUUCGCGAGCAGGUCCGGAUGUUGCUGGACGAUGCCAAAGAACAUACCCACGACAUCGGGCGGCUCAAGAAACUCAUCGGGAUGUACGAGUUGCAGAAAGAAGAGUUCGAGCAUAAAUUCACUCUGGUGCGCAACAAAGAAAUCAAGCUGGAGGCAGAACUCGACCAAGCAGCUGAGAAGUACAAAGCAGAGGAGGCGAAGAAUAGACAGUUGAAGAUGGAUUAUGAUGAGUUGAAGUUCCAGAUGCAGAGAAGCAGGAUAUUCAAGGAUAUAGAUACUCCAAAUUUUAGAUCUCCAAAGGAGUUAUAUGAUGAUGUUAAUGAUUUUCAUCCAAGAAGAGAAUAUACCCCGGUUAAUUAUAAUUGUCCUGCUCCUAUUGCUCCUAAAGUGGUUCCAAAUUAUGAUAAUAGUUGACACAAUGAAACCAGAGCUGAUGACCAAAUCGAUUCUCAAAAUUUGUUUGAUGAUGUGUUAUUUAGAAAGAACAUGAAAUCAUCAGUAGGAGAUUUAUUAAGAUGGGAUUCUACCAAAGGUGUAUAUUCAAAUUUACCUAGCAAGCCUCAGGCACAUCCACAGAAUCCUCGGAAUAUGAAUGGAUCUCCAACAAGGCCCCAUCCAGUUAACUACAGUCCGAGGAACUACUAAGUUUAUUCUAAUUUUCAAUAA